ACUGUUAGCCCGGGAGAAAAGAUUAAAAAAGUAAACAAAGAAAAAGUAGAGGAUGACUUUGUUCCUGUGAGCUAGUGACUUUGCUUCUUACUGUUGCAUGCUGUGCUCUCUGUUAGUUAUUUGCUAUUCUGUUCUGUUUUCACCCCAAGGUGACAAAUUUCAUUAUGCGGCAUUUGAAAAACUGGCAGAAGAUGAGUGCACCUGAUUGGUCCAACCUGACCCUUUACCUGGAGGGGUCCCUGACCAAUGCUUUGGGUCAUUACCUUGACAACUGGAGGUAUAACAAGACAGCUGCAGCCAACGCUUUGGACAAGACCCUGGCUGAGGAGAACUUCAGGAACGUCAUCUGGUAUCUGGCUGUGAUGAUUGGCAUGUUUGCCUUCAUACUUGUGGCUAUGCUGGUGAGCACAGUCAAAUCCAAGAGGAGAGAGCACUCUAAUGACCCGUACCACCAAUACAUCAAGGAGGACUGGACUGCUCAGAUACAACAGGGUGACAUCGUCAACAACUUUGCAGCAGCAUAAUGCAAGCAAAGGCACUUAAUUCACAGCAGAUCAUUAUUAUCAGCAACUGUAAAAGAUUUCCACAAGUCAAUAUCUUUUCUUUUUCAGUGAAUGCUUCCCAUCCUGGUCAAAUUUGUAACCAGAACAAUAAAGUCUAAUGGAUAUUGUGUA